AUGGCGCCAACGAACAUCAAAGUCCCUCCGCAGGGCGGAUCCAGCAGUACGGGAGCUUCGCUACUUACGCCGAGGUUACACAUGGCGACAACGACACUAAGGGUCGGUGGCAUGACUUGUGGCGCAUGCACCUCGGCCGUUGAGUCGGGCUUCAAAGGCGUCGAUGGAGUGGGCAACGUCUCGGUCAGCCUUGUUAUGGAGCGUGCUGUUAUCAUGCACGAUCCUCAAAGAAUCAGCGCCGAACAAAUCCAAGAAAUUAUCGAAGACCGCGGCUUCGACGCAGAAGUGUUAGCAACAGACCUACCUUCUCCGAAUCCGAACCAGACCGAAUUCGACAGCGACUUUGACGAUACGGACAACGACCACAGUUCUACCCUAGUAGUCACAACAGUGGCUGUAGAGGGAAUGACAUGUGGCGCAUGUACUUCGGCCAUUGAGGCGGGCUUUAAAGACGUUUCGGGAGUUAUAAACUUCAACAUUUCAUUGAUGUCAGAAAGGGCCGUCAUUGAGCAUGACAGAUCCUUGCUUAGUGUUGAGACCAUCGCCGAGAUGAUCGAAGACAGGGGCUUUGGCGCGACCAUCGUGGAUAGCAAGGAGAAGACUCAACCAGCACGUGUGCGAAGAUCAAGCAGUCGGUCGAGGAAGCCAACAAGCGCAACAACGACUGUAGCGAUAGAUGGCAUGACAUGUGGAGCAUGCACCUCGGCCGUUGAAGGCGGCUUUCAGGGCGUGAGUGGGGUUCACCGCUUUAACAUUAGCCUUCUCGCAGAACGCGCAGUUAUCACGCACGACCCCACGGAAUUACCAGCCGAAAAGAUCGCCGAGAUCAUUGAAGACAGGGGUUUUGGUGCGGAGAUCCUUUCUACGGUUAUGGAAAUCUCCGAAGCAUCGCGCAAUGCGACAACCUCGCAAUUCAAGAUUUUUGGCAACCUGAACGCCACAGCAGCAACGAGCUUGGAAGGAAUGUUGACCGGUCUGUCCGGGGUUCAGUCUGCGAAAGUCAGCCUCGCAACGUCAAGACUCAGCGUGGUACAUCUUCCUGGCGUCGUGGGUCUGCGUGCUAUAGUCCAGGCUGUUGAAGGUGCUGGCUUCAAUGCUCUGGUUGCAGACAAUGAUGACAACAAUGCUCAGCUUGAAUCACUCGCCAAGACCAAGGAAAUCAACGAAUGGCGCCGGGCUUUCAAGGUUUCACUGUCAUUUGCCAUACCUGUCUUUUUCAUCAGCAUGGUGAUUCCGAUGCUGAUUCCUGCGCUCGACAUUGGCAAAAUCGAGCUGCUGCCUGGCCUGUUCCUGGGCGAUGUUGUCUGCUUGGGCUUGACGAUACCAGUGCAAUUUGGGAUUGGCAAACGCUUCUACGUUUCCGCAUGGAAAUCAAUCAAGCACCGAUCGCCUACUAUGGAUGUUCUCGUGGUCUUGGGUACAUCGUGCGCCUUCUUCUUCAGCUGCAUUGCCAUGCUGAUCUCGUUCCUUUUUCCCCCUCAUUCUCGACCGAGCACCAUCUUCGACACGAGCACCAUGUUAAUCACGUUCAUCACUCUUGGCCGGUUCCUCGAAAACAGGGCCAAGGGCCAGACCUCAAAGGCACUGUCAAGAUUAAUGUCUCUAGCGCCAUCAAUGGCAACCAUAUAUGCAGAUCCUAUUGCUGCUGAGAAGGCAACAGAAAACUGGGUUUCCGACAAGGCUCCUGCAGCUGAUCAGAAGCAGUCCAUGCCAGAAGGAAACGCCGCCGAAGAGAAGGUCAUUCCUACAGAACUGAUUCAAGUCGGCGAUAUUGUCAUCCUUCGACCUGGUGACAAGAUUCCAGCCGAUGGGCUCAUAACUAUGGGUGAAACCUACGUCGACGAAAGCAUGGUUACUGGAGAGGCUAUGCCCGUGCAGAAGAAAAAGGGCAGUACUGUUAUCGGCGGCACGGUCAACGGUCAUGGGAGAGUUGACUUCAGAGUGACCCGGGCUGGCCGUGACACUCAACUCAGUCAAAUUGUCAAGCUCGUGCAGGAUGCACAGACCACGCGGGCACCUAUUCAGCGCCUCGCUGACACUUUGGCUGGCAUCUUCGUACCUACGAUUCUCGUCCUUGGUUUUUUGACUUUCGCAACAUGGAUGGUACUGUCCCACGUUCUCACGAACCCGCCCAAGAUCUUUCAGGAAGAGACGAGCGGUGGCAAGGUUUUUGUAUGCCUCAAGCUCUGCAUCUCUGUCAUUGUCUUUGCUUGCCCGUGUGCCCUUGGCCUCGCUACUCCCACGGCAGUCAUGGUAGGCACAGGAAUCGGCGCGGAAAACGGAAUUCUGGUCAAGGGCGGUGCUGCACUCGAGACGGCCACUACUAUCACCAAGGUUGUUCUUGACAAAACCGGAACCAUUACCUACGGCAAGAUGCGCGUGGCCAACGCUCAUAUAGCGGAGCAUUGGCAGACUACCGAAUGGGUGCGAAAGCUAUGGUGGACAAUCGUAGGUCUGGCUGAGAUGGGGAGUGAACAUCCUGUGGGCAAGGCGGUGCUUCGCGCUGCCAAGACUGAGCUCAACAUGGACGCUGAAGGUACAAUAGAAGGCAGCGUUGGUGACUUUGAAGCAGCCGUUGGACGAGGAAUUAGCGCCGUGGUUGAGCCCGUAUCAGGCACGGACCGCAUCAGGUAUAAGGUGCUUGUGGGUAAUAUCAAGUUCCUACGCCAAAACAACGUCAACGUCUCUGAGGAUGCAAUCGAGGCAUCUGAGCAGAUUAAUACCCGAGCGGCGCAAAAACGCAAGGCUGGCAGCAGCGAGAAGGUCCCGUCGGCUGGCACAACCAACAUUUUCAUCGCAAUAGACGGCACAUAUGCCGGACAUCUAUGCCUUUCUGACACCAUCAAGGAGGGCGCGGUAGCGGCAAUUGCUGUCCUUCACCGCAUGGGCAUCAAAACAGCCAUUGUCACUGGCGACCAGCGCAGCACGGCACUAGCGGUGGCUGCUGCUGUUGGCAUUUCUCCUGACGAGGUCUAUGCAGGCGUCUCGCCGGACCAGAAGCAAGCCAUCGUAAAACAGAUGCAAGAGCAAGGCGAGUGUGUCGCGAUGGUCGGCGAUGGCAUCAACGACUCUCCUGCCCUGGCCACCGCAGAUGUUGGUAUUGCUAUGUCCUCUGGUACCGAUGUCGCCAUGGAGGCAGCCGAUGUGGUCUUGAUGAGACCUGACGAUCUCAUGAAUAUCCCUGCGGCCCUACAUUUGGCACGAAGCAUAUUCACUCGAAUCAAGAUGAACCUGGCGUGGGCAUGCAUGUACAAUUUGGUCGGGCUGCCGUUCGCCAUGGGAGUAUUCUUGCCUUACGGUUUGCAUUUGCAUCCCAUGGCUGCUGGCGCAGCGAUGGCACUUUCGAGCGUAAGCGUCGUUGUUAGCAGUCUAUUGCUAAAGCUUUGGAAGAGGCCAUCUUGGAUGGAUGAGUCUUUGUACGAUGAGCGUGGAGGCCUGCGGAGGAAGGGAUCUAUGUGGAGCUCGGUUGGCGGCAUUGUCUCUGUUUUACAGGAUUUGUUUGGUCGGGUCUUCCGUGGAAGAGGGAAGAGAGACGAAGGGUAUGUGCCACUUUCGAACAUGGAAGCGGUAUGA